AUGAAUGCUAUCCUUACCCUUUGUCAUUUCUGUGAAGCACACGGACCGCGAUCUUUAUUUUGCACGUUUACAACUGAUAAUGACGAACACAUUACGGAACCUUCCAAAGCAAGUGUUCAGUGUACAGGCUGUGCCUCGUUAGGUCCUGAAACUGUUUUAAAAUCUACAGACGACGAUGGCACCAUAUAUUGUAGCAGAGAAUCUGUACCCAGUGCCGACGUUACGUCAUUUCUGAGGCAAGCUGCUAUUCGAAGUAUUACCUGUGAAGUAAACUGGAGCAAGGAUGGUGGCAUAGUAUAUUUUAGUGAAGCACAAGGUCAUGUGCUAAGCUUCACAUUCCAGCUGUGCGAUACACGAGCAAGAGGCCUCAAGCGAUGGUUCUCUAUACUGGUGCUUAUGAAAGACAAGAUGUUGCUCUUGAACAUUACUCCAAUGCUCUCUGAACACAUGAAAAACAUAGCUGCAGAGUUACAAAAAUUGGCUGUUGCAGUUUUUGAUGAGGAACAAAAAAUUUGCUCACAGAGGGCAUUGAGGUUAAGAACAGGGAGAAAUGAUUUUGGUCAGUCAAGGUCACUUGUUCAGUUGACAGGAAACAAAGAAAUAUUCAAACUGUUGCACUCACAUUUUUCAUGGAUACUAAAGGCAGGGGCAUGUGUGUUUUCUGAAAAUCUAUAUACCAGUCAAGAUUUAUUAAAAAAGAUAAGUCCCAUUAUCCCAAUUCUGGAGUCAAACUCAAGUGUUAUUGAAAGUAAAGCAAAGUACAUCCCUAUGAGAGUUUUGGAGUCUAUGUUAUCCAAUAAUGUGUUCAGAGUAAUGUUAUUCUGUACAUUGACCGGAGUGAAUAUACAAAUGCAAACCAAUUUCAGGGAUCCAGAAGAAAUAUUAAUAAGUUUCAGGAGUUUACUACCAGAAUUUGAUUCAUCAGCCAAACAUAAAAAACCGAAUACAGACCCUUGUAUUAUAUCUGAAAUAGAACAUGGUAAUUUUAUUUCCAAAUGGAUGCAAACUUUACCUGUUAAUUGUCCAACGCUGAUGAAAAAAAUUGAAAUUGCAAUAAAAAAUGAACAUUUUAAUGAAGCAGUUCUUCGCCAACAUGUCUUAUCAUUGGUUUUACAAUGGCAAGGAAUAGCACAAGCUGUAAAAUCAACCAUGAAAUCAUCAGACAACAAAACAGAUUCUGUUAAAUUGAAACAAAUACUCGGUGUAGCUCAGUAUGAUGAAACAUUACUUAAAUAUUGGAUGGAUGCAUUCUGUAAAUAAAAUGCCGAUGUGUAGUUAUUUAACUAAUAUUUUCUGAAAUAAUUAACUUAUUUUUGUAUUUAUUUUUAAGGUGUUAUACAAAGCUGCAUGUUCACUUAAUAAUAAAAAUGUUUACUAUUAUCUACUGUUGUAGUUUUUCAUCUUUACGAAAUUAAUUAUUUCAGUGAUAAAAAAUAUCAUAUCAGUUUAGUUAUUUCCAAACUAAGCUGUCCUUUGUAAGAGGUUUAAAACUUUAAUAUGAUGAAUGCCAAACAUAAUAAGAAUAGAAAAUGUGUUUAGGCCAGUGGGUCAUAACGUAAACCCUGUGACUGCCAAUGAGUCUAGUCCAUUGGUCCUGAAAUCUCUACUAAUUGGUAUUCAUUGUUUCCGUAAGUCACGUUAUUUUUUGUCAAUAUUCGGAAUAUUCACGUCUAUGAUUUAUGGACACUUGAUAUAUUGGUGCGGCCUUUACUGUGGCCACAUGGUAUCCGUCAUAGUGUUCAAUGAGUUAAACAAUAGUAGUGUCAACAAUUUAGCUGAUAAAUAUUGCUUAUUAUAUAGAGAAUUGGCAAUCACCCACAUCAAGUUGAUAUCAUUUACAUCGUCUGCCUAUCAAAGGUAAUUAAUUAUUAUCUACUAUAAAGACAACACUAGAUCAAUUAGUACAUAUAAAAGGCGAAAUAUUUG